AUGAGGCUGAGCCGAAGAGCCAACAUGGCUGCCGUGCAGCCGCAGUGCCUGCACUUCAUGUACAAACUGAGGCAGUUUGAGGUGGAUGGGGGCAGCAUGGUUCUGGCUCAUACAUGUGUCCCAGAGAGCAGCUUUGUGGCUUGGCGUGUGCUCCAGGCAGUGGACCAGCGAGGAGCACCUGUGCAGGGGACUGAACCCACACGCCCCCCGGUGGACGGCGUGGGAACGGCAGAACGUGCAGGUUUUUCCCGACACGGAGAGCGCAUGAGUUCCCAGAGCAGAGGGCAGGGCGUGGCAGGCUGCUUGGCCUCCUUCGCGCGGCAGCCCCCACGCGUGCUGGUGGUGGACACAGCGCCGCCCUGGUGGAGGGAGGCCUGCAGCAGCGUGUGCCACGCCCUGGAGCGCUUCCUCACCCUGACCAGCAGCCUGCAGGGACCCUGCCGUCUGCCCCUGCUCAGCCUGUACGCCACGGGCACACACACCGAGUGCCUGAUGCCCUUCACCCAGGUGAAGGGUAACCUCCAGCGCUUGCGCUCCUGUGUGGAGGAGCUGCGCUCCGUGCCCAGGGAGGGGUGCGUGGGGGCGAGGGACAGCCUGCUCCAGGAGGCAGUGCAGGACGGUCUGCUGCAGUUCAAGCAGUACCUGCGUCAUGUGACCGUGGGAGGGCCAAUCAGCAGCAGCUCUGCUGAGGUGACGGUGCUGACGAGCCGGCCUGGGGGGGGCGUGGUGAGGCAGCUGGAGGCGGGGCUUAAGGACACAGACCUGGUGAACCUUCGGCGGCUGGUGGUAGUGUGCAUCGCCCAGGGCAACGACCCCUCCGCCCCCCCCGAACCCCGCGAACCCCCCCAGCCAGCUGUCCUGGACCCCGAAGGGCUCAGCCUGAUCUCUGGCCUCUUCUCUGCCCCAGACAGCCUGAUCUCUGGCCUCUUCUCUCCCCCAGACAGCCUGAUCUCUGGCCUCUUCUCUGCCCCAGACAGCCUGAUCUCUGGCCUCUUCUCUGCCCCAGACAGCCUGAUCUCUGACAGCCUGAUCUCUGGCCUCUUCUCUGCCCCAGACAGCCUGAUCUCUGGCCUCUUCUCUGCCCCAGACAGCCUGAUCUCUGGCCUCUUCUCCCCCCCAGACAGCCUGAUCUCUGGCCUCUUCUCCCCCCCAGACAGCCUGAUCUCUGACAGCCUGAUCUCUGGCCUCUUCUCUGCCCCAGACAGCCUGAUCUCUGGCCUCUUCUCUGCCCCAGACAGCCUGAUCUCUGGCCUCUUCUCUGCCCCAGACAGCCUGAUCUCUGGCCUCUUCUCUGCCCCAGACAGCCUGAUCUCUGACAGUCUGAUGCUGGGUAUGGAGGUGGAGCUCCUGCAGGUGGAGAAUGACGCCGUCGCCCUGGAGACCAUCUUUAAGGGCUGGCUGCAUGACAUCAGCGGUGACCGGGAACACCUGCACCUGCUGCUCCCUGGCCCCGCCCCUCUGGCCAGCCCAGUCUGCCUGAAGUGUGACAUCCAGGAGAGGCUGCUGAGCCCGGCCCUUCUCUCCUGCACGCCAGACCUCGGGGCCAACACGGAGACCGUCCGGGAUCCCCUCACCACCCCCAAGGGCCCGCCCAAUCAGAGUGCUCCACCACACCGACUCACCAUCAUCAAAGCACUGAGGUCAGACGGUGUGUGUGAGUCGGUCCUCUAUGGUCUGCCCCUCAUCAUUAAACCCACAAACUGCUGGCAGCUGGACUGGGACGAGAUGGAGGCCAACAACCACCUGUUCCACGCCCUGUGCCACGCCCUCAGGAGCAGGGACUGGUUCCUCCUGGCUGGUGGUGAGCGUGUGGGCAGUAGAGGGGGCGGGGCUCUGUGUUGGCAUGCUGUGCUGCAGCCCUCUGCCUCCCUGUCUCUGCUGCUGAAGCCUGUGGCCUCUGCAGAACUACUGCUGCCCUGCACCCCAGCCCUGCCCAGCACAGAGCCCCAACACAGGGCCCUCAGCCACAUACAGGGCUGUCUGGCUCAGCUGGAGGAGGACCCUGUGUUCAACCCUCUAAGUCUGACCUCUCAUCUCUACCCUCACCUGAGGAGCCUGCAGACCCACAGACCCUACCCCUACAGAACACAGAGCCUCACGCUGCAGCAGCAUUGA